AUGGUCAACCAACGCGACCUUCUCCCAAAUCCAAUUGCUCCCCGCGACUUACUUGAACUGCAAAAAGACUUUCGAGUCGUGAGAAAACUCGAUUCAGGCGGAUUCUUCACGGUCUUUGAAGCUCAUUCUGACUAUCUCGGCUCUGUGUGUGCACUCAAGAUAAUUCCACAUAUCGACCAAACCGGCACGAACAAGCAACCUGUCAUUCAAAACGAACUCGAGAUACUCAACUCGCUCAAGAGGAUCCCUUUCAUAAUCCAAGUGCUAGGUGUUCAAGUCUAUUUUCACACUACUUGUAUCAUGUUUGAAUUCUGCAACCAAGGUGAUCUUGGUGAGAUGGUACGACAAUCUAGGAUCCCCGAGAAUCUCAUAAAGCGUUACAUACUCGAUAUCGGUACUGCGCUCCACCACAUGCACCGUCGAAACAUCAUCCAUCGUGACUUAAAACUCGAUAACAUACUUGUGGAUCAUAUGGGGAAUGUCAAGAUAACUGCCUUUGGGUUGGCGACAGUCUGUCCUUUUCUUGGUUUGACCUCUGGUAUCGUCGGUUCUCCUUGGGCUAGAGCGCCAGAGAUGCUCACCCGAGCUUCAUACAAUAAUAUGGUGGAUUGGUGGUCUCUAGGGAUCAUGUUAUUCACAAUGGUCACUGGAACGAAGCCUUUUGAGCCAAGUAAGUAUUUGCUCAUUCGAGAUAAUCUUUUAUCAAAGUUCACAAAUUGGGUUUUUUAUUGA